CAUACAAACAUAUACCCUUGUAAAACCCACUCACAGACUCACUGCCAUUGACAGUAGAAGGAAUGGGAUCGAAGGGUGUAUCAGAGGAUCUUCUGGAAACCCUAGGAGACUUCACGAGCAAAGAGAACUGGGACAAGUUCUUCACCAUUCGAGGUGUAGAUGACUCCUUCGAGUGGUACGCUGAAUGGCCUGACCUCCGAGACCCACUCCUCUCCCAACUCCAAACCCUCCUCAACCUUCAACAUCUUCACUUGCUCGUUCCUGCUUGCGGUAACUCUCGCCUCUCCGAGCAUCUCUACGACGCCGGUUACAAUUCCAUCACCAACAUCGAUUUCUCCAAGGUCGUCAUCUCCGACAUGCUCCGCCGCAACGUCCGCCACCGCCCGGACAUGCGCUGGCGAGUCAUGGACGUGACCGCCAUGCAGUUUGAAGAUGAGACGUUUGAUGCCAUUAUUGAUAAAGGUGGAUUGGAUGCUUUAAUGGAGCCAGAGCUUGGUCCAAAAUUGGGAAAUCAGUAUCUGUCAGAGGUAAAGAGAGUUCUAAAGCCUGGGGGAAAGUUCGUGUGCCUUACCUUGGCUGAAUCUCAUGUACUAGGUCUACUUUUCUCAAAGUUCCGACUUGGUUGGAAAAUGAGUGUUGAUGCCAUACCUUUGAAGUCUUCUAGUAAACCUAGCCUUCAAACAUUCAUGGUGGUUGUGGAGAAGGAGCUGUCUACUUUAUUGCACCAAAUUAUAUCAUUACUUCAUAAUUCGUCGCUUCAUUGUAAUUCAAAACAGACUUCUGGACUACAUGAAGCUCUUAAAAAUGAGAAUCAAAUUCGUGAAAAAUACUCCAGUAGCUCUGAUAUAUUAUACUCUGUGGAAGAUCUGCAAGAAGAACUGAAAAAGCUUUCCCAAGGUCGGCGAUUGCAGCUAACUUUGGGUGGACAAGGGUGCUCUCUUUUUUCUUAUAGAGCUGUAGUUCUUGAUGCUGAGGAACAGUCUGACCCAUUUACAUAUCACUGUGGGGUUUUCAUUGUGCCCAAGACUCGUGCUCGGGAAUGGCUUUUCUUUUCUGAAGAAGGACAGUGGAUGGUGGUCAGAAGCUCCAAAGCAGCUCGUCUCAUAAUGGUUUUCUUGGAUGCCAGCCAUACAAAUGCCAGCAUGGAUGAGAUUCAGAAAGAUUUGUCUCCUUUGGUUAAACAGUUGGCACCUGCAGAAAAUGAGAAUGGAGCUCAAAUACCUUUCAUGAUGGCAAGUGAGGGGAUCAAGGAACGAAACAUUGUUCACCAGGUCACAUCUUCAUUAACUGGAUCAAUUAUUGUUGAAGAUGUAGUUUAUGAAAAUGUUGAUAGUGAACUCAGUUGUAUUUUUCCUUCUAGAGAGUUGGUGUUUCGACGUCUUGUAUUCGACAGAGCUGCAAAUUUGGUGCAGUCUGAAGCUCUGCUGAAAGAUGAACAGUUACCUAUCAAAUCGGUCGGUGAGACAGGGAGGAAGAAAACCAACUCAUCUUCUAAAUCUAAGAAAAGGGGAUCUCAAAGACGGAAUGGUGGUAACUUUUUUCCUCUUUCCUUCUUCUAUCAUGGCUAUGUGGCUAGUUCUUAUCAUACAGGGAUUAUAUCAGGAUUCGCGUUAAUAUCUUCUUACAUGGAAAGCGUGGCAACAAGUGGGAAAAUGGUAAAAGCAGUAAUACUAGGUCUUGGAGCAGGUUUACUUCCUAUGUUUCUUCACGGGUGUAUCCCCUGUUUGGAAAUUGAGGCGGUGGAGUUGGACCCCGUAAUUGUUGAUAUUGCAAGGGACUACUUCAGUCUUGUGGAGGAUAAACGCUUAAAGGUGCAUAUAGCUGAUGGGAUCCAGUUUGUCCGAGAAAUUGCCAGUUCUGAAGCAGCUCAGGUUCAUGGAAAAAGUAAUAAUUCUAGUCACACCGAGUCUCCUUCAAAUGGGAGUUCAACUGCAUCUCAUGUAGAGAUUGUAGAAGCUACAAAAAUGGAUAUAGUUAUUGUUGAUGUUGACUCUUCAGAUCCAAGCUCUGGAAUGACAUGCCCUGCUCCGGGCUUUUUGGAUGAAUCUUUUCUUGAGACUGUAAAGGAUAAACUUUCAGAGCAAGGUCUGUUUAUUGUGAAUUUGGUGUCACGGUCCCAGGCCAUUAAGGACAUGGUCCUCUUGAGAAUGGAAACGGUCUUCAGCCACCUCUUUUGCCUCCAGCUUGAUGAGGACGUCAACGAGGUUCAUUUUGCUCUCAAAUCGGAGUCCUGUAUCGAGGAUAGCUGCUUUUCUGAAGCUUCUCAUAAACUUGAUAAAUUGUUGAACUUUAAACAUCCAGAGAUAGGUCAAAACAUUAUCAAUGCGACAAAGAAAAUCAGACGCUUGAAGUGAAACCCAGUUCUCCUCCCUAGCUGUCUUAAAAGCAUUACACUUUUCAUAUUUGUAAAAGCGUUGAUUUUGCUGAGCUAAAAAUGUCACUGAUCUGCGGAUUGUCUGGUACAUGUGAAUCAAUUAUUUGGAUAUUGUAUAAUUGCUUGUGAAAAUAUUGUAGCGGUUUCUAGGGGUGUGCAAA